AUGUCCAAGAAUUUGGGUGAACUUGUUGUUGUAGCGAUCAAGGGUCGUAAUUUGACCAGUAGUGGAAUUGGUAAGGCUGAUCCUUUUGUUACUUUUCGCAUAGGGGAUACAGCCAGAAGAACCAAGGCAGAUAAGCGAGGCGGGCAAAAUCCGAAUUGGGAUGAUGAAGUACGUUUCCAGCUUAAGGAUGAAUCAAGUAAUAAAAAAAUGAAGGUCCAAGUAUAUAUUGAAGACAAGCGAGAACAUGAUCUUAUUGGAGAAACGGUAAUUGAUUUGAAGAAUGUGUUGGAGAAAGGAGAAGUGGAUGAAUGGUUUGAGGUCAAAUUUCGUAACAAAUAUGCUGGUGAAGUUUUCCUUGAGAUGACAUUUUAUAGUGCAGGAGAACCACCUCCAGUAUCCGCUAACCAGAGAAUUCAUCCUGUUGCUCCUACGACUAUUCAUCAAACUCAAUCUCCACCUUAUAAACCCCCAUCAAGCAAUUAUCCCCCCACAACACCUAUUUCUAAUAAUGCAUCAGCACCUUAUCCUCCUCCACAUAAUUACCCUCCCAAUAAUCCAGUUUUAUCUCCCCCACUCCAAAGUUCGAAACUUCCUCCUGUGCAGCAAUACCCUCCCGUUUCACAGCCAUAUCCACCAGUUUCGCAAGUUAAUUCGACUCCGUAUCCACCAGUUUCGCAAGCUAAUUCAACGCCUUAUCCGCCAUUUUCAACGCAAUAUCCACCAGUUUCACAAGGUUAUCCUUUAACCCCCAGCUCCCAAAUGUCCACAUCUCCUCAAGGAGCAAUGUCAUUUCCGGUGCCUACUCCCACACCGAGUGGUGCCCCUCAUACUGGAGGGUACCCAUCAUUUAGCGGAUAUCCGAAUUAUAAUUAUACUCCACCACCCCCUUCAAUAGGUAAUGACGGCAUGUAUCAACAGCAACCACCUUAUCCACCUGGUGACAGUCACGUCCAUCCACCCACUAGCAAUCCUAAUUUUUAUCCUCCCACCAGUAACUCUAAUAACAUUUACCCACCCAAUAACGCUAAUGUUUACCCUUCCAAUAACACCAAUGUUUAUCCUCCCAAUAACGCUAAUGUUUACCCUCCCAAUAACGCUAAUGUUUACCCUCCCAAUAACACUAAUGUUUAUCCACCCACUAACAAUAAUGUUUAUCCACCUCCUAGCGGACAAGGAUAUCAUCAAUCAUCAUAUGGCCCGGGACAUUCUUAUCCUUAUUAA